AUGAAGUCGGCAAAGACGUCGUCGGGGGAUACUCCUUCAAGUCGGAGAUCCCAACCGGUUCGACAGACCCGAACCAACCCCCCGCGCGUCUCUUCAGGCCUUCGAGGAUCAGCGAAUGGCCGAGACUCUCUUGCCGGCGGCUCUGCUUCUGACCAGCCCAUCGACAUCUUCCCUGCGAUAACCUACUUCUCCGAUGCCAUCGCGGCCCUCCCGAAAGAGCUCGUCCGACACUUCACGCUUCUGAAAGAGGUCGAUGCCAAAAUAUUCGCUCCCGAGGAUGCGCUCUUCAAGCUCGUCGACGCUGCCAUGAAUGCUCCUCCCCCACAGCCCCGACCAGUGAACGAUGCGUCAAGCAGUGUCGCCCCUGCCUCAGCUCCGAUGAGUGCGCAGAAUAGCUCUAGUGGAGGACCUCUGGGUGGCCCGGCUCCUCCCCCGGCUCCCUCGACCGACGGUUCCUACGCGACAUCCAUCUACGACCCGAGCAACUUUCCCCGAAGACAACUGUUCCGGCAAACGGCUUAUAAGAUCCAGGAGAUGCUUGGGUCAUUAGAAGAGAAGAAUCAUGUCAUCUCGACCGCGAACGAUGCUCUUCAGAAACAGCUGGCCCGGAUUGACGAUGUCUGGCCGCACGUCGAGAACGAGUUUACUGAGGAGGCGAAGUGGGGGAGCGAUACCCAUUGGGCAUACCCUGAGAAUAGAGCUGCCACCAAGGCGGCACACACCGAGCGUUCACGACGUGAGGGAGCCGCUGCGAUCUCGGCAGCUGCUCAACAGCUGGCUGAUGAGGCCGCUGCUCGAAGCGACGCGCGCAAGCAGGCUGUCCAAGCCAAAAAGAGUCAAAAAACGCAGGCUCAGCCUCAGGAAUCCGAACUGGACGACGCCGAGGGUCGCAGCAAACCAGAACCGACCAAGAAAGGCCAUGGAGGUGGCAAGGCACGCAAGGCAGCUGAAGCUGCUGCCAACGUCGUCGGUCUGGGAAUCUCAACAAAUGGCAAUACGAACGGGACCGCGCCGCAACCCAAGAGACGCAAAGUCGAGAAAACUCCCAGUGGAAAUAAUGCGGCGGAGCGGGCCAUGAGCACCGUCUUUGGAGCCACAGCAUCAAAGGCGAAGACCACAAGCCCGAGAGAGACCCCAGCGCCAGAAGGCGGCGGUCCGAAGAAGCGAAAGGCGCUGCCGACGGGUACUGGCCAAGCAAAGAAGAGCAAGAAUGGAACCGCCGGCAUGUCUCCAUCGGUUGCUUCGUCUCCCGUACUGAGCAACUUCCCUGACCCAGUGUUGCCUCGAGGCUCCCCCGCGCCGACUGUGACCCCGGUACCCCCAGCUCCCAAACCUCCCACUGCCUCGAGGGCCAAGCAAGGCACCACACAAGCGGCUGUGGAAGGUGGUAAACAGUCUCGGCCGCCGUCGUCUGCUUCAGCAGCCAAGCCUAACGGAGCUGCGGUGACAGCGCCCCUACCUCCGCCGACGGCCGAAGCGUUGCCUCUCCCCGUCUUGCCCAAGCCCGCUGUUGAAGUAAAGGCUGCCUCCAAGGAGCCCUCCGCGCCUCCUGUGCCAGAGCCGACAAAGAAAGAGCCCGAUACGGCUGAGCCAAGCAUCAAGCCCAGUAUACCGGCGGCGAAGCAAAAGAAGGAAACACCGAAGCCCGAAGAGCCGGAGACACCAGUCGAGACACCAGUCGAGACACCAGUAACAACUGCCCAGACGGUCACCGCUGCGACAGUCACAAAGAGCGGACGGGCUAGCAAGCCUUCAACACCAGCGAUGGCGACCUUCCAGGAGGCAGCGAGACCCAAGUCGGCCCGCACUACGGACGGGACGAAGGCAAGCAAACGGAAGAAGAGCAGUGCGGUCAUGAACACAAAGACUACCAAGGCGGUGGGCCAGCCCGAAGAGAGUGACGACGUGGAUGAAUCAGAGAUCCAGGCAGGCAAACGCAGUUAUGAUUAUACCGAGGACGAGCCGACGUAUUGCUACUGCCAAGGUGUAAGCUAUGGCGAGAUGGUAGCCUGCGACGCAGCGAAUUGCGAGCGGGAAUGGUUCCAUCUCAACUGCGUAGGCCUCAAGGUGGCCCCCACGGGAAGUUCGAAAUGGUAUUGCGAAGUGUGUCUGCAAAAGUUUUCAAAGUCUGGCAAGAAGCUUAGCCACAAGUACAACGUGCUGCCGAAUUCCCCGAGCAUCUCGGGCAAGCCACGACCCCCUUACGCCUGA